AAACCUGAAGGCAAAACUUUUCGAAGACUAUCUUAUUUUAAAACGUCUUAAUAUUAUUCAUAAACUAAUCUUAUUUCAUAUAAGCAUUGACUUAAAGUUAUCUUAUUACUACCGAAUUCAUAGUCGUUCAAGAUUAUCUUAUUCGACGUAUAUAUAAUUAAAUAAGGCGGUCUUCAUCAAGUUAUGUUAAAAGUAGACUUAAGAUAUUAGUAGUGCUCAGUGCUUGUGUAGCUAUUUUGUUCGUAGUUAAACAAAUUUAUUUUUUAAUAUGGAAGUGGUCAAUAUAAUUGAUUUACAUAAUGAUUUAGAAAUAGAUGAUAUUAAUAGCGAUGAUGAAAGAGACGUGCGUGUUCCGAAAAGAUAUAUUAGAGACUGGUUCGAUCCGUUUCACUUUUAUAGUAACAAAGAAUUUAAAAGGCGUUUUAGAUUUAAUAAAGAAUCUGUAAUACAUGGAAUUUUGCCAGAAAUUGAAGAAGGACUUGCACGCAAUAAUAAUCGUGGUCUUCCAAUACGUCCGGUAUAUCAAUUGUUAAUUUGUCUACGGUUCUACGCUACAGGCAGUUUUCAGGCAGUACUUGGAGAUACAAUUAUUGUCUCGCAACCAACUAUAUCAAGAGUUGUAUUUCGAGUAUCCAUAUUGUUAGCAAGGAUAUUCAAUAGGUUUAUAAAAAUGCCUUCUACACCAGAUGCUAUAAGAGAAAAUCACAACCUUUUUAAAGAUAUAGGAAGUCGUGCUGGAGGUAUUGGUUUACCAGGGAUUGAUGGAGCUAUUGAUUGUACACAUGUACGAUUAGUUGGUACCAAAUUGCAGAACAUAGAAGAAAUUUAUAGAAAUCGAAAGGGAUAUCUAUCAUUAAAUGUACAGGCUGUUGUUGGGCCUAGAACAAUUUUUGGAUAUUGUUCCAGAAUGGCCGGGUAGCCAGCAUGAUAGUAGAAUUUUUCAAAAUUCUGCUAUAUAUUGGCUGAAGACGUCACCUUUCCAACGUUAUAUAAUAUGUAGAUGGAAGUAUUAAUGACAACACUUUACGACGCUUAUAACUCCAUCUAUUGAAACUCCGCACGAACUUUUGCACUCACCCAAUACAUGAAAUACUUUCAACGUCAGUUGCCACGUAUUCUAAUAGGAGAUGCAGGAUAUCCCUGUUUACCAUUUCUUUUAACUCCUAUUCAGAAUCCGCAAACAGAUGAAGAAAUUGCUUAUAAUGUACUUCACGGAAGAACACGUCAGAUUGUUGAAAGAACAUUUGGGAUAUGGAAACGUAGAUUUCCGUGCUUAUCUAGAGGAUUAAGCAACAAGUUAAUUGGUUCAACAACAAUAGUUGUUGCGUGUGCUGUGCUGCAUAACAUGUCUUUAAUUUUUAAUGAUGUUACCAGAAGAAGAAGUUGAAGAAAAUAAUGAAAUAGAAAUACCAAUUGAACCACACUGGCAGCCGGGAGAGGGUUUUGUAAUGCGAGAAGCACUUAUUGAGAGACUGUAUAGAUAGUUUAUUAUACAACUUAUUACACAACUUAUACAAUAAACAAAAAGUAACAAAGUAAA